AUGAAUACGACAAUAAUAGAUCAACAAUGUAAUUUGUUACUCGAUCAAUCAGAUAACUCAACUGAAAAUGAUAAUCAACUAAAUCAAUUUUUUAAUAUUGUUACUGAUGAAUUAAUAAAAUAUUCAUCAAUGAUAACAAAUUAUAAUAUAAUUACUAAAAUUGUAACUACACUCAUUUCGAUUGAUAAAAAUAAACUUUAUAAACAAUCUCAAUUGAAUCAACAUAAACUUUUGAUAAUUCUUCGUGAUUAUUUAAUCAAAUUCUUAUUUAAUCAAGAAAAAAAUGAAAUGAUUAAUAAAUUAUCAAUACUUUUUUAUAAUAUUUGUUAUAGUUAUAUUUUAACUGAUGAUAUUGUUCAAUUGUUUAUUUACAAACCUCUUAUCGAUGAAAUUUGUUUAUUUUUUAACGAAAUUGAAAAAUAUUCUAAUGAAACAAAACUUAUUGAAAUACUAAAUCGUCUUCUUGAAAUAUUUCAAAGAAUUCAAAUGAUUCGUUUUGAUUUACAUGAAAAUUCAAUUUUAGAACUUUUAUUUCUAACUAUUGCAAAAUGUAUUAUUUCAAAUUUUUUUAUUAAAAAACUUGAAAAUUUACCAAAAAAUAUGUUAGAAUUAAAUCCAAUUGAAACACUUCUAUUUGAUCGAUGUAUUGAAUAUAUGUAUUGGCAAUCUUAUGAAAAUAAUACAUUACAACGAAAACAUCUUUUAAUCAUAUGUGAAACAUUGUUACAAAUAAUUAUUAAGUUAAUGUCAUCUUCAUUAUUGUCAGAACCAGUAAUAGGUGUUGCCUGUUUACUUUCAUUAAAUAUUAUGGUAAUGGAUAAUACAACAGAUGAAAAUAUUAUUGAUAAUAAUUAUUAUCAUCUUAUUGAUUAUUGUAUAUCAAUGCUUGAUCAACAAGGAACUACAAUGAUAAAACGAACACUUCUAUCAACUUUAUGUCAUCUUACGUAUAAUAUUGAUAUGAUAGUUUAUAUGAAAAAUAACUUAUUUUUAAAAUCUCUCUUAUUAAAAAUGACUGAAUCAGAUGAUUCCGAAAUAUCGUUUAAUACAUAUCGUAUUUUAUCAAUAAUUAUGAAUGAAGAAGAUAUUAAAAGACUUGCUAAUAGUAAUAAAAUAGUUGCAGUAUUUUAUUUAUAUUUUAUUAGUAUGAUUGAUGAUCCAAUACAGAAAACAGCUUUUCAUAGUCUACUUCAUUCUCUAAAGAGUCUUGUACAACAUGAACAGAUUAAAAUAGAAUUAAUUAAUCAAGGAAUAAUUCCUUUACUUAUUCGAUGUAUUAUUGAAGAAAAUUUUCAUAAAACAAAAAUUCAACAAUAUGCAUUAGAAAUUUUACUUGCACUUUCUUUUAAUAAAGAUACAUUAAAUAUUCUUGAACAAGAUAUAAAAUUUAUGAAUUAUCUUAAAAUAUUAGAAAAUUCAACAGAAGAAAAUUUACAACGUGUAGCUAAUCAUUUACUUUGGCAAUUCGAUCAAAAAAUAUCUAUACAUACUGUAAAUACAUUAAAUUCUUCUUGUUCAAAUUCAAAAUUUGAUAUCAUGUUAAGUUAUUCACAUAGUGAUAAAAAAAUUUGUUUUCAAAUUUAUGAAAAUCUUGUUAAAGAUGGAUAUCAUGUUUGGCUUGAUCGAGAUCAAAUACAUGGUGAUACAAUGACAGCUAUGGCUAAUGCUAUUGAAAAUUCAGAAUUUGUAUUUAUUUGUAUGUCAGAAGCAUAUAAACAAAGUCCAUUUUGUCAAGCUGAAGCUCAUUAUGCAUUUGAACGACGAUGUAAAUUAAUACCAAUUAUUAUGAAAGCAAAAUAUAAACCUGAUGGAUGGUUAGGUAUUAUUGUUAGUGGUAAAAUUUAUAUUGAUUUUUCUAAAUUUGAAUUUGAUUCGGCUUAUUCAAUGCUUAAAACUGAAAUUGAAAAGACACAAAAUACUACUACUGUUCAUUCUAUAACAAAACCAACAUCUCAUAAGUUAUUAGUACCACAAUCAUCAUUAGUAGUUGAUCAACAUCAAUUAGUUAUAAAUCUUCCACAUUGUAUUGAUUUAUGGUCUAUAGAUCAUGUUCGUUCAUUUCUGAUUGACAAUAAUUUUAUAUCACUUCUACCUAUCUUUCCUAAUUUUAAUGGUCAUUUGCUACAUCAAGCCUAUUCAAUGUGUCAAAUAAAUCGAGAAAGUAUGUUUCAAGCAAUGAGACAUGAAAUUAUAGCCGAUGGAACUGUUCCACCUUUAACACUUGCUACUUAUCUUCAGUUUCUCGAACAAUUGAAAAAAUAUAUUCCAUUAAAUAUAAACGAAUCAUCACAAAUCCCAAUAUCAUCUAUUUGUAAUAUUAUGUAA